AUGGCUGAAGGGGGCUGUGCGAAGACCGGGGACGAAGAAACGCAGAACUCCGAAGAAGACUCGGCCUCGUUCAGUGGCAGCGGCGUGUGCAAGUGGUUCAACGUGCGCAUGGGCUUCGGCUUCCUGUCCAUGACGAGCAGAGAAGGCGCUCCGCUCGACCGUCCCGUCGACGUCUUCGUACAUCAGAGCAAGCUUCACAUGGACGGCUUCCGCAGCCUGAAAGAGGGCGAACCGGUGGAGUUCACCUUUAAGAAGUCAUCGAAAGGCCUGGAGUCACUGCGUGUAACGGGUCCUGGAGGUGCUCCGUGUGCGGGCAGCGAGAAAAGACCCAAAGGUGCCCAGAAACGACGCUCUAAAGGGGAUCGGUGUUAUAACUGCGGUGGCCCAGAUCAUCAUGCCAAAGAAUGCCAGCUGCCCCCUCAGCCCAAGAAGUGCCAUUUUUGCCAAAGCAUGUCUCACAUGGUAGCCAACUGUCCAAUCAAAGCACAGCAGGCAUCGCCGGGAUCUCAGGGAACCUCCACUUCACUGGCAGGAGAAGAAAUCCUGAGCCACAAGGCCUCACCACCCGAUACCUCGGAUUGA